AUGAGACCGACGCUCUCGCUCGGGAUCAAGUUCAGGAAGCUUCGGCUUACCACCAAGGACGUCAAGAAGGGCUUCUAUAAGGGCAACAGAACGGGUGCCAUGGGUCGGCAUACCAAGUACGGUGGUUAUAUCAUCGAGUGGAACAAGGUGCGGACGUAUCCGGUGCCCUCCCUCGAAGGAUUCAGCCCCCUCUUUGGCCUCUACCAAGGGAACCCCAAGGGUCCCAAGGACCCCGAAGCUUACCUGGAGCGAUGGAAGGCCGAGAACGGUGUCGACUAA